GAGCAACUUCUACCUUCUGCAGUCCUCAUUGGUGAGUUAGAGUUGCCUGUAGCUUUUUAACAAAUGUUUGUCUUGAGAUCAAGUAUAAUCCAAGUUGGAAUUACUGCCCUGUGAAUUCCAAGCUCAGGGCAAAAGUAGGGUAAAGGUAGAUACAAAAUGGAAGCAAAGAAAUAAAAUCUGAAGGACCUGCAAAUGGAGGGGGGGUUUGGUCUUUUCUUUAAAGAAGAAGUACCUGAAAAUUUACUUCUAUGCAUUGGAAAAUAAGUUGUUUGGUUCAGUAAUCGUCCUGAAGAAAAGAAACUGUGUUUGAGAUUUUCAGACUAUCAAACAAGAGGAAAAGCAGCAGCUCAAGACAUAUCUUGCCUGGUUUAUGAAAACGGAAAUAACACCACUAGAUGAUGGAAGAAAAAACUUUAUAAGACAUGGGAAUAAGGAUACAACACAUCUACAACUGUGAGUCUUAAUUAAAAAGAAAAUUUGUCAGAAGAUCACCAUGCUCCAACUUGCAAACCUCUGCAUGCUAUGGUGUGAUAAUAAUUCGGAUGUGCUGGUGAGCCCUACCUAAACUGAAUGUAUUUUUAAUUGAAAAACCUUUUCAAAACAACAGAUUGAAGAAUAAAUAAAGGAAGAAAGAUAUUUUAGGUGGCUGUGGGGACAGGAGAUGAGGUUGUGAGAGUUUUCUGGGGGAAAUCCAGGCACAGGUAAAGGAAAACGUGGCAUGAAAAUUGGAAUAUCUGAGGAACCGGAGAAGAACCUGAAGGAGGAGAAAGGCACCAGAAGGAGCAUGGCAGUGAUGAAGGAGAUCCUCCGAUCCAGAAAUCUCCUGCUUGUUGUUCUCAUUCCACUUCUGCUGCUUCCCCUGCCACUCAUAUACCCCAGCAGUGAAGCCUCGUGUGCCUACGUGCUCGUGGUGACAGCUGUGUACUGGGUCUCUGAAGCAGUACCCCUUGGGGCAGCAGCCUUGGUUCCUGCCUUCCUGUAUCCUCUCUUUGGGGUCAUGAAGUCCAGUGAGGUGGCUGCUGAAUAUUUCAAGAACACAACUCUGCUCCUCAUGGGUGUGAUUUGUGUGGCAGCUUCUGUAGAAAAGUGGAAUCUCCACAAGCGAAUCGCCCUGCGCAUGGUGAUGAUGGCUGGAGCCAAGCCAGGCAUGUUGCUGCUCUGCUUUAUGUGCUGCACCACGGUGCUCUCCAUGUGGCUCUCCAACACCUCCAGCACAGCCAUGGUGAUGCCCAUCGUGGAGGCAGUGCUCCAGGAGCUGGUGAAUGCUGAGGAGGAGUGCGAGGCCAUCACAGCUGCAGGCAGCACCACUGCUGAGGAAAGCAAGCCCAUAGGUCUCGGUGAAAAGCAAGGGCAGCCUUCCCUGGAGCUUAUCUUCAUCAAUGAGGAUGCUUCUACUACUGACUUGAGCUCCUUGGUGCACUCAAAGACUAUGAAUGGUGUGCACAUGAUAGCCAACCCUAUUGGAACAAUGAAUUCCACCAGCAAUGGGCAGCACCUGCCUCAGGCUCAGAUCCUGGUGCUGCCCCCUGAGCCCUCGGAGCUGAGCAGCAGGUACCAGAGCAGGCACGACCACAUGGUGUGCAAAUGCCUCUCGCUGAGCAUCUCCUACGCAGCCACCAUCGGCGGGCUGACCACCAUCAUCGGCACCUCCACCAGCCUCAUCUUCCUCGAGCACUUCAACAACCAGUACCCAAAAGCUGAAGUGGUGAAUUUUGGAACCUGGUUUCUGUUCAGUUUCCCUAUCUCCCUCAUCAUGUUGGUGCUGACUUGGUUCUGGCUGCACUGGCUGUUCUUGGGCUGCAAUUUUAAAGAGACUUGCUCUGUGAGCAAGAAAAAGAAGACCAAACGGGAAGAAAUGUCAGAAAGAAGAAUUCAAGAGGAAUACAAGAAACUGGGAAAUGUUAGCUACCCCGAGAUGGUGACCGGAUUCUUCUUCAUCCUGAUGACCUUGCUCUGGUUCACUCGUGAGCCUGGCUUUGUGCCAGGAUGGUCAUCUUUUUUUGAGAAGAAAGGUUACCGGACUGAUGCUACUGUCUCUGUAUUUCUUGGGUUUCUCCUUUUCCUGAUUCCAGCAAAAAAGCCAUGUUUUGGAAAAAGGAGAAAAGGAGAUGGUGAAAAGUCACCAGAAAUUACCACACUGGAGCCCAUCAUUACCUGGAAGGACUUUCAGAAGACCAUGCCCUGGGAGAUUGUAGUGUUGGUUGGUGGAGGUUAUGCAUUAGCAGCUGGAUGCAAGACCUCUGGUCUCUCUACAUGGAUUGGACGUCAGAUGCUCUCCCUGAGCAGCCUUCCCUCCUGGGCUGUAACUCUGCUGGCUUGCAUUUUGGUGUCCAUGGUAACAGAAUUUGUUAGUAAUCCAGCAACCAUAACCAUCUUUCUGCCUAUUUUAUGCAGCAUGUCAGAAACCCUGCUUAUCAACCCUUUAUACACCCUGAUUCCUGUCACCAUGUGCAUCUCAUUUGCGGUGAUGCUGCCCGUGGGUAACCCUCCAAAUGCCAUUGUCUUCAGCUAUGGGCACUGCCAGAUCAAAGAUAUGGUGAAAGCUGGCCUGGGUGUAAAUCUGAUUGGCCUGGCUAUUGUCAUGGUGGCCAUCAACACAUGGGGAAUUAGGCUCUUCCAGCUGAACACCUUUCCAGAAUGGGCAGCAGCCAGCAACAUCACAAGCCAAACAUAAUCUUCAAUGAAAAAAAGAGCAAAAGUGCAAGACCAAAGCAAGUUAGGACAAAAUAUUGAAUGCACAUUUCACUUAUGAAAGAAAGAAGGAAGCUUGAACCAGGAUCCAUUGUAAAACCAUGAAGAAAAUCCACUGGGAGGUCUUCUGCAACAGCUUUUCCGUUCUGAAAAUCAGUGUGAGUUAAAAGGAGAGAUUAGCUUUGCUCUAUUGUUGCUUUCUCUGGGAUACCAUAACUCAGAAAAAAUUUCCCUAUAGCUCAGAAGUUAUUUCCCUAUAGCUUUUUCAUGCCUUAGAGCAGUUAUGCAGGACUUGUAUGCAGGACUCCAGUGGAAGAAGACAAGUACACAGACACUGCUAUACUCAGCAGCAGCAGAUUCAGUCCUACUAUUGACUCCUACACUGAAUGUAGGCUGAGCCUUAUUCUCAAAUCCAGAGGAGUUUUAUAAGCCUACUUCUUUUGAAGGCAAAUUAUUCUUGGUUUUUUGAGGUGACUUAUCACUGUUUUGCAAAAACCAUUUUUCCACCUAACUCGUAUGACCUGGACAGAAAUCCAGCUACCAACUACCAGCUACAGCACUUCAAAGGGAUAAUAGAAACCUCCAGAGAGGAAGGAGAAAUCUCCUUGGAAGGAGAAUAUGGGGUUUUUUUCCCCACACAGCACUAGUAUAAAUUUCUAACAUUGCAGUACUUGUAGUCUCAGCUUUGGAAGGAAGAGUUUCAGGAACAGAAAGUUUUGUUCAAGACCUUCUUCAUCAUUACUGCAGUGGGAGCUCUUUCAGCAGGGGAAGCUGUGACCAGCAAAACCAUAUCAGGCCAACAGCCCCCAUCACUCUCCUGUCUCUUUGGCUGCUGUUUAAUUAUGCACUUAUGAUUCCCCUGACUGAGAAAGUCUCACUCCUGAUGGCACUCAGUGCUGCUCCAUGAGUAAGAAGGGAGAGGGCUGAAGUGGAGUGGUGCUGGUGUAUCUCCCCAUCCUGUGCAUUCACUUGAAUCUCACACCCCCUGCUCUCUAGCAGCCCAGAGAGCAGGAACUUCAAAUGUAGGAAACUGUGGCAUGAAGUAAAUAACUACUAAGCCAAAAGGCCAAUCUCUUUAUCUCUCAUCAAUAAAGUGAAUGCCCUGCUUUCCUCACUGGAUCUCUGUGACACUCAUUAAGUCUUCUCGUGUAUUAUGUCCAGUUUUUAAUAAUUUCUUUAAUGUCAAUACAUUUAAGCUGUAUAUUAUAAUGACUGAAUCUCAUGUAAUCACACAUACACUUUAAUGAAUUUUUAUGCUUUCCACUUUUAAUCUAGGCUCUCUAGAUGUGAAUGUAUUCUGCAAAAAUAAAAUGUCAAUAAAAUAAAUUAUUCACUACUGCA